GCUGAACAUGGCAUCGGCCAUCGCCAUGCAAGAUACAACAAAAAGAUCGGCCAACGUCGUAGCAUUCAGCGAGAAACAGCCUACGGCAACGCUCCAGCUUCAGAAAAGCGCCUGUUCUGCGAGUAAGUGACCAACAUCGUCUCACGGCCGGAAGCCUAUCACAGCAAUCGAUCAUGGCGCAGCCACAAUCCUCGCCCCAGUCUUAUAUCCUGACACCAAAGGCAUACACCAAAAUCACCCUGCAUGCCGCCAAGUACCCCGCUUCAGCGCUGCUCGGACUGCUGCUCGGUAGGCAGACGCCCACCAGUAACGCUGCAAUUGUAGUAGAGGACAUCGUGCCGCUCGUACACAAGUGGACUACCCUCAGUCCAGUUGUGGAGGUGGGCUGUGCGCUUGCUGAGUCGCACGCUUCCACCUCGGGGCUUUCUUUAAUUGGCUGCUAUGAAGCGCCCGCUCGUGUAGUCGCUGUCAAUGACCGCGAACUGAGCCCAGCUGCCACCCGUUUGGCUCAGCGGAUCGCAAACCGUUCGCAUUCUGGCACUGCGCUGGUAUGCCUGGUAAACAACGCACUCCUCCUCUCUCCGACCUCGUCACCAUUCAUCCCCUUCAUUCAAUUGUCUUUCCCCACCACCUCAUCAUCAUCCAUAGCGCAAAGUAGUACCAACAUACCAAAGCCGCGCCUAUUGACGGGCUCGCGCGCGCUGACGAUCGGCGACCCUGCAGGCUCCUCGAAUGCUGCGGCGCCGGGGACUGGGACCGGAACAGAGAAAGAGCUCGCUGAGAUCGUACGGGGAGCCGCAAAAGCUGUGCGAGCGGGCGCAUGGAGUGCAUUGGCAGACUUCGACGAUCACUUGGGAGACCCUGCGCUGGAUUGGCUCAACAAUGCGCAGGCCCAAGAUAUUGUAACGUAGCGUAUAUACAGCUAAAAUGAUGGACGGA